AGCAGAAACGGCAUUAUCAUUAAUGGGCUUGGUUUAGAUGUAAUAACCUAAAAUUAUAUGGACUUGGAACUGUAAACAGGAAUGAUCAAGCAUGGCGCAAAAGCAAUUCAAGGGGGCCCCAUUUGGGACACAGUCAGCAAGGUUUGAUGUUUCUGGGGUCCAUCCUAAAACAAAGCAGAUUGGAACAUUCACAGAAACCCCAUAUUGCAAAAGAUUCACUGAUGAUCUGGUGAGCAGCCUGGGCCCAGGUAAAUAUGAGGUGGAUGCUGGCGACCUCAGUCGGUGUGCAGUGCAGAGCGGGACAGCUGGACAGGUCUGGAGGAAGCAGCUGGGAGCUAACAUGCCUCACAUUCUCCAUCGGAGGGUAUGGACCAUCCAAUGCCAGCUGAGAGAUGCACUUGGACCUGGGAAAUACAACCUCAAAAGUUUCACUGAUGUACUGAAGGAGAAACCCAGCAGUGUGAGGGGUGUGUGUGAUUCUCGUGAGGACAGAUUCAAGGAAUAUAUGAAGAAGUGUCCGGCAGGCCCAGGGAGUUAUGGGAAAGGGGGCAUCCCCAGCAGUCUGCUGGACGAGAGGAGGGCCAGACCCACGGGCAGCUGUGCGAUCAUGGACUUCAACGCUGGAGUGGAGCGGUUCCCAGAGAGACCAGUGGACUGUGGUUUGUACCCUGGCACGUACAAGAUGAAGUCCUUCACUGAGUUAAUCCUGCAGCACCAUGUCGGUAAGAAAGGGCCUUAUGAAAUAUUCACAGGCCGAAGAGACAAACCCAUCAACUCUGGAUACUUUGCAGCUCCGAGAACAGCUACUGUGAAUCCAGGACAAUUCUUCCUGCCACCCAUGUUUGGCGACGGGCUCAAGAAGCAGAGGCAACAUGGCAAAUUUGGCCAAAUGGAGCGCUUCCCCACCGUGCCGAGCGAACGCAUCUACCACAGCACACUGGCACAGAGACCUGAACCAGCAAACCAGCCUGGUCCUGGCUCUAGUGACUACAUGAUCGCUCCACUCUCCCGGGUGGAGAAUAGUAAUCCACCCCCGUUCUUCUCCCCCACGCGUCGCUUCGGCCCGAUGCUUGGGAAGCCGAUGCAGGGCAACUCUUGUAUAGUGGGCCCAGGCCGCUACAACAUCUGCCAAAAAGUAUCAAAGAAUCACAAAAAAGGAAGUACUGCUUUCAAGUCACAGACAAAGAGAUACUUGGACAACAUAGACCAGGACAUCUUUGGCCAGGAGAAACUGAGGCCAUUCAACAUCCCAGCUGAGCAGAGGCCCUAUCACAGGCAUCCGGAUGAGGCUGUGACAUGUUCUACGGCUGCCUUUUAGGCUGAAUACCCACUCUGUGCACGAUAAAUGUUUGAAAUCUA